AUGUUUGAGUACAUCACUGUUUUCGAUCCCAGUAGAAGUCAUGGUGAAGAUGAUAUACACCAACAGUUACUCCUGUACCAUUCUUUCACCGGGUCUGAAAACUCUCUUAAUGACAAGUUAGGUCAGAUUGGUGUAAUCCAAGGUCUUUGGUCGCUCACGAAUUCUCUAAGUGGUGAAGAUGGGAAUCAAGGGAGCCAAGAGAAGGUUGUACAACUGCACGGGAAAGUUCUAUUGAUAAUACGUGUAGAAUCGAGAUUUUUCAUAUGUUUAAGUAUGAACAAGGAUGACAAUUCAAUUCAUCAUCAGUUCUACUUGGCACAUCUAUGGCAUUGUUAUCGAUUCUUUACUCUUUGGCACAACAAGUUUGCAUCUAUACCAGAUGCAAGAAGACUGACCAAUUUACUCAAUGAACAUUUUGUACCGUUCUGGUGUGAUCUACAGGUUAAACCAGAUGCUAUCAUCAAGAAGGGAAUCGUGGGUCUUUGGCAUCAAUCACAUAAGAUGGCAGAAUUAGAAUUUGCACAUUGUGAUCAAUCUUGGGAGUCACUUAUAAAUCAAGACGUUUUGCUCGAGUCUGAGUCCUAUUUGGGGAUUAAAGAUAUCCUCGUGUACCACUUACCGAAUUUUGAGCAGAGUCCAGGUUAUAAGACGUACGGAUUGGUUCGAAAUUUCUCCAGUGAUAUCGAUUUUGUUACUAAUAUCUCCAAUUGGAUUUAUCAUUCUCAUGCCCUUUAUGGCAAUUUAUCAUCUCACGUAUUAGCUAGCAAUACACAUUACAAGGAGACCCCAGCAGAUAAUACUACUACUGCUACUGCUUCAAGUAAUAUACGAACCCAAGCUCGAACCGUCGUACCCGCUUUAACGACUACAGGUGAAACUAUUUUGCACAAUUUAACAUUACCGAUUUCACUUGCUUAUGACGCCGUACAGGAAGUAGGCGCUACCACUGGAAUAUCUAAUAGCAUUUCUCUUUUCAUGGAUUAUUUGCCCAAAUGGAAUCCUUCAGCUAUAACUAGUGUGCUUGGUGGGAACCCUCGAGAACAAGGACCCGCCGCAGGCCCUCCUCAGGGUUAUUUGAUCUCACCGCUGUGCGGUAACGGAUUACCUGAAAACUAUAAACAAAGAGUCGUCAAGAGUCAAGCCGGGACUAUAAAUGAAAAAGAUUACAACUGUAUAUUCUGGUACUAUCGUGACGUCCUGGUCUGUGUGGUAAGCGAGCCAAAUUUUAACAAAAUCCAAGAUCACCAGUAUCUGGAAGAUUUAAGCUAUAAACUAUCAUGUAGUAUGGAAAAGUUCUACGCUACAGCAUUUCCAAAAGAGAAGCAUGGCCAACAGCAACCGCAACCGCAACCGCAACUACCACCACCUCCACCAACAAUUCAGUCCCGUAAGAAAUUUGAUUCAUUCGGAUUUGCGUUGAGGGAUAAGCGUACGAACGAAUGUCGCUGCUCCAUACCAUCCUGGCCCCUUAAUAACGAAAGCAGAUCAUAUCAUUAUGGUACUUUUUUAGAUUCAAUGCCACAGGAUAAAUUAUGGGAACUACAACAUGAGCUAGUACAAUUCUUGCAAAGUCUACAAAAUUCUAGACGUGAGAAAGACUCUGCAACUGAAGAACGUCUUACUCGUCUAAGCAAUGGCUUAGUCUGCUUCAUUAGAGAUUGCCCCGAAGAAAUGGCUCUAGUGGUAGCCAAUUGGUUUGACGAAACCUCACACGGAGGUCCCACUUUAAUUUCAGGUCUCGGACCUUCUGCCAUUCGUUGGUGGAAUCAAAGAUCACCACCAGGUUAA